AUAUUGGCCGGUCUUCCGCCUUCCUCUUCGUUAUUGUUUGUUUUGUUCAUCCUGAUCGGCGAUCUUCACUUCUGAAGCGCCAAUUUCUGGGUGUAUAGAAGUUGGAAGAUGGAGGAAUUUAUUGUGGCAGUUCUCUCGAUGCUGCUCGUUUUUGCGUUGGUUCCUUUGUUUCUGUGGAGACGCUAUCAGGACUCCCGCUCAGAUCAUGCACAUGAAGAUGAGAAUCAGGUUCCUCAGAGAGAAACUGUGGUUCGGGCCACUGCUGGUGGCCGUCGAAUGCGUCGGAGACCUGCUACGGCUGCUAGUUCGUCGAAUGCAGGGCCAUCUCUGGAAGAAAGUGCGGAUGGAAGUGAUGAAGAAAUGGCGGAUGAAUACAAUGAAGGUCGAGUGUCAAAGAAGAAAGAAAAGAAGCGACAGGAGCGCGAGGCACAGAGACAGGCCGAACAAGCUUCCCGUGACUCAAGGUGGACAAAACAAGACCGUUAUGCAGAAAUGCGGAGGAAGAAGGACGAGGAGCGUGAGGAGCAGGAACGGUUACUGGAAGAAGAAGCCAAGGCUCGGAAGGCCAAGGAGGAAGAGGCUGCUUCACUUGAGUUUGAGAAGUGGAAAGGGGAAUUUUCAGUUGAUGCCGAAGGUACGACGGAAGCUGAUGUCGAAGGCGGAAAUCAAGAUUUGCUCUCUACUUUUGUGGAAUAUAUAAAGAAUCAUAAAUGUGUCCCAUUGGAAGAUCUUGCUGCAGAAUUUAAAUUAAGAACUCAGGAAUGUAUUAAUCGGAUCACCUCCCUCGAGAGCAUGGGCCGACUCUCUGGUGUUAUGGAUGAUAGAGGCAAAUACAUAUACAUAUCAAAGGAUGAAAUGCAAGCAGUUGCUGACUACAUCAAGCGUCAAGGAAGGGUUAGCAUUUCACAUUUAGCUAGUAAGUCCAACCAGUUCAUUGAUUUGGAACCAAAAACCCAAUUGGUUGAGGACAUCAAUGCUGAGGAGGUAACUGUCUCUUAAUAUACUUGUUAAUUUUUGAGAGAAAUGUUACAUGAAAUAAUCAUAAUCAUAAUCAACUAGUAUAUAAUUUACCCAAUGAUCGUUCACGAUGAUUGCGGGUGGCUGUCGAUAUUCUCCUUCUCUAC